CGAUCCUUCUUCCUUUAUCACCCAUCUUCUAGGACAAACUCAUGAAAGUUGGGGGAAGUCAUGCAAAAUUGAUGUCCUGAUAUGAUUUAAGUCUUUAUUGGAGCUCAGUACCUGUUUGGGGGCCUGGAACUGUCUUUUAAUCCAUAAGACUUUGAUCGUGGAUUCACGUCUUAAACGCGGCACGGCUGGGAUUCUCAACGUUUGGUACUUCAUGCGACAGCAAAAUGGCGAUCGGACACGGAGGGAAGCCCAAAGUCGCUAAAAGUAUAGGAUACUUAUCUGAUGACUCGGACUUUUAUGGCGAUGACACCACCAAGAACGAGCUGGAGAAAAGAGCAAACGCCUUUGAUCCCGAAGAGUGGCAACAAAACAAAUCGACCUCCCUCAUCGAGCUUGCUCGUAAGAAUAUGGCAACCUACCAGCCAGAACAAAAUCCAGUCACCCUUUACAACCCAUACGAAGGUAACUUACAUGCCAAACAACUAGGCGAAAGUGUUGAUGAAUUUCUGGCACGACUUCCACCUGCGACAACUCCAGCCACUGAGGCCAAUCCUUGGAUCUUCCUUGCCAAUCCAUACCGUAAAGUUUCCAAGAACAAGUACAGCGAAGCCAAGCUUGCUGACGAGGCUCCGCCAAAUGAUGGCGCAAAUCUCGCCGAAUUUGUUGUGCGUGGCAAUCAACUUCUGGAGCAGCUUACCGUAUCAAGACAUGAUAUGGAAAAGAAGAAUCCUGGUAAGGCCAAAGGAACGAUCACUAAGGCUCUCAAUGCCCGCAGAGACGAGAUCGUGAAGGAGCUGUUUGAUACGGCGGUCAAAUUGCAUGUUACUACUGGCAAGUGGAUGAUCUUCCCGAGCCCAGAAGAAGUCGAUGAUGUGUGGUCCGUUGUUGCCCGAGCCACUGCAAACAAUCAGCUAGGCAUUUCUUCCAAAGUUGCCCCAGAUAGUGGAGAUGACAGGAAAGGCCGCCUCAUUUGCAUCUAUACCGAAAACUUCAAAGAUAUGGAUGAUGUACGUCGAGUUCUUCUCAAAUUGAAAGAUCUUGGUCUGGUGCUCAAGAGCAAGGCAAUCUUCUACAAGUGUGGUAAGUUUGCUCUCAAGUUCGUAAUCCCCACGGGACAUUAAAGACCUUUUGACACCACUCCACGUAAUGUCACCUUCUCCUAGUGAUAGGACGAACCAACCCACACAAACCGUGGAUUCUACGGAACGUCAGAAAAGCACUUAAUGUACUGUAGGAGCUCUGCGACAUGUGCUAAUAAGGAUAUAGAUGCGUGGACUUAUCUGAAUAUCACAUCCACCAACGAAUAUAACAUCAAGGCAUCCAUGUACAGUUCGAAGGAGUUGCUUGAGCCAAAGGAUGGCAAGGUAGAAAACUACUUCUAUCUCAAGAAGAAAGAUGGAAACGAUGACUGGCGUCGUGUUGAUAUGGAAUAGUUCCUGCUGCUAGAUACCCUAAGUCUCGGGACUCGAGAUAUGAGAAGCAUGCUUGUCCAUCUCAGAAGCCUUUUCAUUCUGUAGACUGCGUGGAAGAUACGAAUUCGACUAGUCUUCAUCCCAAUCUUCUUCCCAGAUAAUGUUUUUGAACAGAAUGGAUCUGAUGACCGAG